AUGGAGAUCCGUUUUGGAUUCAGGAUCUCUCUGCUGCUCGCCAUCCUUGUCUUGACUCUAUCAGGAGAGAGAGUCAGUGGCCAAAGGGCAGGAUGUAAAAAUGUUCAAUACGACCUGGCUUUCAUCUUGGACACGUCCUCCAGUGUGGGGAAGGAGAACUUCGAGAAGAUCCGCCAGUGGGUCUCCAGCCUGGUGGAGUCCUUCGACGUAGCUCCGGACAAGACCCGUGUAGCUGUGGUGCGCUACAGCGACCGUCCCACCAUCGAGUUUAAACUGGACCGCUAUCGCAACCUGGCCGACGUCAAGCGGGCCGCCCGGAACAUUGUCUACCGCGGCGGGAACACCAUGACCGGCGAUGCCAUCAGCUACACCACCAAAAACAUCUUCACAGAGAGCGCGGGAGCCAGGCCGCUAUCUAGGGACACCAAACGAGUAGCCAUCUUGCUCACGGAUGGCCGGAGUCAGGAUUAUGUGCUGGAGCCGUCCAGAGAGGCCAGCCAGGCUGGCAUCAGGAUGUUCGCCGUGGGUAUCGGGGAAGCGCUCAAAGUAGAGCUGGAGGAGAUUGCAGCUGAACCCAAGAACGCGCACGUGUUCCAGGUGGCCGACUUUAACGCCAUUGAUACCAUCAGGGGAAGACUGAGGAAAAGCCUCUGCGAAAAUGUCCUGUGUCCAAACAUGAAGGUUCAGCCAGACCGGUUCAAACCCAACAGUCCCAGUGCAGGCCUGGAGGAGGUUCCAGGAUUUGACCUGAUGGAUCACUUCAAUGUGAAAGAUAUUUUGGGCACCAGGGAUGAGCCUGGACAAAGUUCUUAUGUGCGCCUGGGGACCAUGCCCAUAGUCCAGCAGACUGAGGACGUUUUUGCCCAGGGCUUGCCAGAUGAAUAUGCCUUUGUGACGACAUUUAAAUUCAGGAAACUCUCCAGAAGAGAGGACUGGUACCUCUGGCAAAUCUAUGACAAGUAUGGGAUUCCACAGGUAUCCAUUCGUCUGGACGGAGAGAACAAGGCAGUGGAGUACAAUGCGGUCGGCGUGACCAAAGACGCGGUCAGGGCGGUCUUUAAGAACGAGGAGGUAGACAACCUGUUUGACCGCAACUGGCACAAGAUCGCCCUGAGCGUCGGGGCCAAAAACGUCUCCCUGUAUCUGGACUGCAAACUCAUCCAGACCAUCCCCAUCGAGGAGCGAGAGGACAUUGACGUAAAGGGGAAGACAGUCAUUGGGAAGAGACUGUACGACAGCGUCCCUAUUGAUUUUGACCUCCAGAGGAUGGUGAUCUACUGUGACUCCAAACAAGCUGAGCUGGAAGCCUGCUGUGAUAUUCCUGGUGGCCCGUGUCCUAAGCAGGUGGUGACGGAAGCCCCCCCUGUUGCCAUACCCACACCCUCUCCCACAGUAGUGGAGCAGCAGAGUGGUGGAGAGACAGUCAACUGCUCUUGCCCUGAAGGGCAGAAGGGAGACAUAGGUCCAGCUGGUAUCCAGGGUGCCAAGGGUGAAAAGGGUGAUCCUGGUAUUAAAGGCUCAGGAGGAUCUCAGGGCCUAAAAGGACUAAAAGGAGAAGCUGGCAAAGCCACCUCUAUUAAAGGUGAUAGAGGUCUCAAGGGAGACCCAGGUCUUCGGGGGGAGUCUGGAGAGAGAGGAAUCAAAGGAGAGAAGGGCACAUCAGGGCUUCCAGGCCUUGCAGGCAAAGCAGGAGGCAAAGGAGAAAGAGGGGAACCUGGAGCAGCAGGAGGGUUGGGCUUACCUGGACCUCUCGGACCAAAGGGUCUUCAGGGGGAUGCCGGCCUGCCAGGCACUUCCGGGCCUCAAGGAGUCUCUGGUGAUUCUGGCAAGAAGGGAGAGAAAGGAGCACCUGGAGUCAGGGGCCAGUCUGGUCUGGACGGGUUUCCAGGCAAGCCAGGAGUUUCAGGAAAAGACGGCCAGAAAGGAAGUGGCGGAGGACCUGGGCCUAAUGGAGUCAAAGGAGAGAAGGGAGAGAGAGGGCCAGCCGGACUACCUGGGGAUGUGUAUCAACAAGAAGGCCUGAAAGGAGCAUCUGGGCCCCCUGGUCCACCUGGGCUCCCAGGGGCCGAAGGACCCCCUGGCCCACCCGGUACACCUGGUGUCCAAGGGUUUCCAGGAGAGCCCGGAGAGUUUGGUCAAAGGGGUAAAAAAGGAGAAAGUGGCUUGCCUGGCGUUGAUGGACUUCCUGGACCCCCUGGUCCUCAGGGUCCACCUGGAAAUCAAGGCAACAACGGACAAACUGGCCCUCCUGGACUUCCUGGUGAAAUUGGCUUUUCUGGCAAACCGGGGGAGCCUGGCAAAGCUGGUCUGCCGGGCAAAGAUGGUCUGGAUGGUUUCCCUGGCAACGACGGAGCCAAGGGACCAAGAGGAGAGCCUGGUCUUGAUGGUGUGCCAGGCAAGCCAGGGCCCAAGAGUGAGGACGGACCUCCUGGGCCACGCGGACCUCCAGGGGACAGAGGAGAGGCAGGUUCUCCUGGGCAGUUAGGUCCAAUGGGUCCAAGAGGAGAGAAAGGACCAGGGGGUGACAGAGGAAAGGAUGGCUCAGUUGGACCAAAGGGGGAUCGAGGUGACACGGGUGCCGUUGGGCCUCGAGGAGCGCCCGGACUGCCAGGAGACGUGGCCAAUGUCAUCCCUCAACCCGGUGAGACAGGUCAGCCUGGAGAGAGAGGAGCAAAGGGAGAGCCAGGAAAUCCAGGAGAACCUGGUCAAAGAGGACUUCCCGGUGAGCAAGGUUUCAAAGGACAGCCUGGGCCUGCAGGUCCUAAAGGAGAGCCAGGACCUAAAGGAGAGACUGGGAGAGUAGGAGAUCCAGGCCCACCAGGAUUGCAAGGAACUCAGGGUCUCCGUGGCCUUCCAGGAAAUGUGGGAAUUCCUGGUAGCAUUGGACCACCUGGUAUUUCUGGACCAAGAGGAGAGAAGGGAGAGACGGGAAAAGAGGGACCCUCUGGUCCCGCCGGUCAGGCCGGACCACCAGGGCUGUCGGGAGAGACCGGACCACCGGGGAAAGGCAAGGACGGGCAGAGGGGUGAGCCAGGAUCGCAGGGACCACAAGGACCUCCAGGGUUGAAGGGUCAGCCUGGGUCACCAGGGCUGCAAGGCAUGCCAGGAUCCAGAGGACCACCAGGAGAGGGCAAAGUCGGACCACCGGGACAAACUGGCCCUGCUGGUGAGAGGGGACAACAGGGGAAUGCAGGACCAACAGGUGCGGCUGGGCCUCAGGGUCCUGCUGGACACAAUGGGUUACCUGGACGACCAGGUGAAAAAGGAUCCCAAGGAGAGCCUGGAAAAGCAGCAGAUCUAUCUGAUCUGAACCUGAAGGACGUCUGCUCCGACUGCCCGGCCGGUCCAGCUGGUCCCCCGGGUGUCCCCGGCAUGCCCGGCGAUAAAGGCCACGACGGACCUCCAGGCAAAGCCGGCCAGGACGGCUACCAGGGUCAGCCAGGGCCAACAGGUCCAGCUGGACCACCAGGACAAGAGGGCGCAAAGGGUGGCAAAGGUGACCGAGGGCCUGCUGGUGGACCUGGAGAGAAAGGUGAAAAGGGACCUGCAGGACCUUCCGGAUACCCAGGAAGCGCCGGUCUGAUAGGCCCACCUGGUACUGAUGGAAAUCCUGGCAUCGCUGGCCCCGUGGGCCCCCCCGGUGAGAAGGGAAAAGAAGGAUCAAAGGGAAUCCAGGGACCCCCAGGUCUUCCAGGGUUAUUGGGGGCGCCUGGCAAACAAGGAAAAGAUGGCCGACCAGGAGAGCCUGGGGAAUCCGGUAAACCAGGAGAACCAGGGCCGCCGGGCCGAGACGGACUCCGAGGACUUCCUGGAUUCAAGGGCCAUAGAGGCGAGCCAGGACCACAAGGGUCAAAGGGAGAAGACGGAAAAGCGGGUAUCCCAGGGCGAGAAGGCCAACCUGGAAAAGAUGGAGGCACGGGACCUCCAGGACCAGAGGGCCCCAACGGUCUUAGAGGAGAGCGGGGUUCACCAGGAGAGUCAGGACCAUCAGGAAAGUCGGGAGCCCCAGGCACUCCUGGUGUUGCUGGCACUAAGGGAGAGAAUGGAAACCCAGGAUUGCCUGGAUUCCCUGGUCCUAAAGGACCCUCAGGUCCUCGUGGUCCUAUGGGUCCAGAGGGGAAACAGGGAAUGCCAGGAAAGGCUGGCGACCGUGGAACUAAGGGUGACAAGGGUGACUCAGGAAUCAAGGGCGACAAAGGCCCCACUGGGGACCCUGGAGUGCCGGGCAUCCCCGGAGCGCCCGGCAGGAAGGGCCACACGGGAAUGAUGGGAAUGUCAGGUCCUCCAGGAGAGGCAGGAUUAGUUGGUCCUCCAGGAAACCCAGGACAGAAUGGACUACCUGGAGCUCGGGGAGAGUCACCAUCGAUUGAAACGAUGCGAAGACUCAUCCAAGAGGAGCUAGCGAAACAGUUGGAGGUCAAGAUGGCCUACCUCAUGGCACAGCUGCAGCCCACCCAUGUGAAGAGCACAGCUGGCAGACCUGGGCCUCCAGGAUCUCCGGGCAAAGAUGGCAACCCUGGCAGAGCUGGUUCCCCAGGAGAGCCUGGUAUGCCAGGCCAACCGGGAGGCGAUGGAAUACGAGGACCCAUGGGCCCUAAAGGUGAACGAGGAUCCAAGGGUGACCGAGGAGAGGACGGUGUUGGCCAGAGGGGCGAGCAGGGUCCAACUGGUCCCAUAGGUACUCCUGGUCCACCUGGUUACGGCAAAGACGGGCUUCCAGGAGCAGCAGGAUCCCAAGGAGAACCGGGCCACCCCGGACCUCACGGCCAGCCAGGUCCCUCAGGCCCGCCAGGCCAGUGCGAUCCCUCGCAGUGUGCCUUCUAUGCCAGCCUGGCGUCAAGACCAUCAUCCAAAAACGUCAAAGGGAAAUAAGGGGUGGGGCGUCUUAGCCCCCCCCCCCCCCCUCCACCCUAGGAGAGCAACCUACCAAUGAACUCAGUGUUGCAGUGAACCAAGAACUUUUCCUAUUGAGAUUUGUAACAUUAACCUCAGCCUGGGAGGUUUGGAAGGAUGUGUGCUGCCGGUCAGAAUAUCUGUGUUUUGUGAUUUGUUUGUCGUCUUUUUUUGUGUUUUGUUCAUUUGUUUGUCUGCGUGUUUGGUUGAGUGGAUGAGUUUUAAGGAGUAUGGGGGAAAUAUGCAAGAGAGGCUCAGACAUCAACUUUAUUUUCAAUCAGGGAACGAUUCACAACUCACCUAAACUCAGGGUGAGUUUAAAGCCUCUUUAGCUGUCAAGCGUAGCAACGUGGUUGAGGAGCAACCUUUGUUUGUAGUGGUUGCCAUGGCGUUAAUAAACAGCAUCCAUCUCAUAGUUUACACACCGUUCAUUCUGCCUCUACUCCUUCCCUGGAAUGGGGUCAGCACAGGUCAUCAAUCAGUGUUUGCGAAAAAUUGAUCCAUUGUUAGGAAGGCGAGUGGGCGUGUGCGUGUGUGUGUGUGUGUCAGUGUGUGUGUGUGUGUGUGUGUGUGUGUGUGUGUGUUAUUUUGGAGUCAGCUGGUAAUUAUCUAGUCUGGGGACCUAUCUACUAGAUUUUUCUUAUUGAUGGGUGGGCAGUCUGCAGGGAAAACAGUCGGAGAAAAGCUGUUUCGCUUAUCGACAGGCAGCCGCUGGCGAGAUCAUUAGUGAUCCCGCCAUUCGCUAGUGAAGUGCUCUUUCUGGGCGCUCUCGCCUGGGCCCCCUCGUUUGCCUCUUCUAGGUUGCCUUUUUCCGAGUUGCCUUAUUGUGUCUGGUAUCCGCUAAUGACUAUCAAUCUCCUCUGCUUGAUAAAUGACGAAAAAAUCUAUACUUUAUCACAAACACUUACAGGCCUAUCAUCAUAACACUAAAUGUUUCUUCAUUUGUGUCAUCUCCCCGACACGGCACGAAGACGCAUUAGCGGUGAAAUCUCGCAUCAUCAAUAAACGAGUGCCGAUACGAUAAACGAGAAGAGCAUCCGAACGCAGAAGGGAGACAAAUAUCCACACGGUUUAUGAUGAGUCAAUAACUCAACGUGUCGUCGGCUGAGUGAUGUUUGUUGGAGAAAUUAAAAAAGUACAGUGGAAUUAAAGUGUUGCCCCAGGAAGCUGAUCGUAAUCAUGGCCCGUGAUCCCCCCCCCCG